CGGGUGUUGUACAACUAAUGCAGGGAAAGCUCGGGCGUUGUACAACUAAUGCAGCGAAAGCCUUGUGUUGUACAACUAAUGCAGGGAAAGCUCGGGUGUUGUACAACUCAUGCAGGGAAAGCUCGGGUGUUGUACAACUCAUGCAGGGAAAGCUCGGGUGUUGUACAACUAAUGUAGGGAAAACCUUGUGUUGUACAACUAAUGCAGGGAAAGCUCGGGUGUUGUACAACUCAUGCAGGGAAAGCUCGGGUGUUGUACAACUCAUGCAGGGAAAGCUCGGGUGUUGUACAACUCAUGCAGGGAAAGCUCGGGUGUUGUACAACUCAUGCAGGGAAAGCUCGGGUGUUGUACAACUAAUGCAGGGAAAGCUCGCGUGUUGUACAACUAAUGCAGGGAAAGCUCGGGUGUUGUACAACUCAUGCAGGGAAAGCUCGGGUGUUGUACAACUAAUGUAGGGAAAACCUUGUGUUGUACAACUAAUGCAGGGAAAGCUCGGGUGUUGUACAACUCAUGCAGGGAAAGCUCGGGUGUUGUACAACUAAUGCAUGGAAAGCUCGCGUGUUGUACAACUAAUGCAGGGAAAGCUCGCGUGUUGUACAACUCAUGCAGGGAAAGCUCGGGUGUUGUACAACUCAUGCAGGGAAAGCCUUGUGUUGUACAACUAAUGCAGGGAAAGCUCGGGUGUUGUACAACUCAUGCAGGGAAAGCUCGGGUGUUGUACAACUAAUGCAUGGAAAGCUCGGGUGUUGUACAACUCAUGCAGGGAAAGCUCGGGUGUUGUACAACUCAUGCAGGGAAAGCUCGGGUGUUGUACAACUAAUGCAUGGAAAGCUCGCGUGUUGUACAACUAAUGCAGGGAAAGCUCGCGUGUUGUAUAACUAGUGCAGGGAAAGGUAGGGUGUUGUACAACUAAUGGAGGGAGUUCUUGUCCCCAGGCUUUGCACAGAAACAAAUACUUCCAAAUUCGUUUACUACUUGUUACUUGACUUGUUUUUGACAGACAUUUGAGAGAGAAUGGAUCUGUUUACGUCACAUUUAUACAUGUGCUCAAUCAAACAUAACAUAAAUCAUCAGGAGUGUAAGUUUAACCGUCACACUGAUCUUCUUACCGAGUUAAAGUUGGCUGCUAGUUGAAACAUGAAGGUCGCACUUGCUCUACUGGUUGCCGUGAGUUUUCUUGCAAGUGUGCAGUCUCAUGGUGGUGGCAGGAGCUCAACGAGUGGUAGAGGACCUAAAGGAAAGGAAAAAGGACCAGGGGGGUCAGGACCUACAGCAAGGCCAAGUGGACGAGGACCUUCACCACGAGGACGCCGGCCGGAGGGGAGAGGACCUAAAGCAGGAGGGAGCCGACGGACUGCUGGGGCGCUUGGGGAGGGUUCCGAGCGUCGACAAUGGCGUCGCAUAGUGGAUGCAGACAUCACCGUCAAGGAGUCAGCCAAGUUCAACAGGACCAAGGAGUUCAUUACUCUGUUUUCGUUCGACAGAAAGCUCAGGAGUUCUAACAUCUCAACCGCAUUUUCAGCCUACGAUUUUCAAAACGGAAUGGCUGCAGCUCGACUCAGGGUCAACAACACAAAGGUCUGUCUGGUGUUCUCCGUCUCCAACUUCAGCGAGGCGGUCGACGCUAUCUCUGGCAGGAAUAUGAGUGAGCUCGUAACUACCCCCGAUAUUGCUGACGAAUACAUAAUGAAGACAGAUGACAGGAUGACAGAUGCUGAGCUGGUAGCGUUCAACUCCACCUCACCGUCCCUGUACCAGAUCUGUCAGGGACGACGCAAAGGGCCAUAUGUUAUCAUCGACGCCACAACAGUGACAACUGGAGAGGACGUAACCAACCUAAACCCUGUAACGUUCUUGUCAAUCAACGGCAAGGUGACAGUCUACCUCAAGUCUACACUCUCACUGUGACGAAAACAAAAUCUCCAAUAUUCAUUGUAUUCUAGAAACCCACUCUGUUUCUAGUUAACUAAUAGCUACUCCCAUCGUGACAAAGUAACAGUUCCUUAAGUUGUACAGAAAUGGACGUGUCAUUUGCAGGAACUGCCUAACUGGAGUUAUUGUAUAAUGAUGGACAUGUAUACUUUGAGAAAUGAAUAAAUACUGAUGCUCUGA